UGCUGCUGCUGCUGCCUCGCUUUGUGUGGAGGAGCUGAGCGAGUCACGCCAUCGACACAGAACAUGCCUUAAUUAGACAAAAAAAAAGUUAGAGUAAACAAGAGGAACAAGAAGAUACCAGCUUAUAACCUCCCGAAAAAUCUCACAGAGGCUUCACUUUUGGUGACGUUGAUCCAGGCUGGAGGAGGUUUGUCCGUGGCGGGAUGCAGCCCACCCAGGCACACGUCUCCCUCUUCUCUACACUGCUGCUUCUCUUGUCUGUUCUCUCCUUUUCUGCUGCCUGUAAUAAAGCCUUAUGUGCUAGUGAUGUCAGCAAGUGUCUGAUCCAGGAGCUGUGCCAGUGUAGGCCGUCGGAUGGCAACUGUUCGUGCUGUAAGGAGUGUAUGCUUUGCCUGGGCACACUGUGGGAGGAGUGCUGUGACUGCGUAGGCAUGUGCAAUCCAAAGAACUACAGCGACACGCCCGCCACCUCGAAGAGUACGGUGGAGGAGCUCUACAGACCCAUCCCCUCGCUCUUCAGAGCGCUUACUGAAGGAGAAGCACCCAUCAACAUGAUGGUGGUGUCCUUUCCAGUGGCUGAAGAGCUCUCUUAUCACGAGAACCUAGUCUCCUUCUUGGAGACCAUGGAGGACCAGCACCAGAACAUCUCUCUUCCUGGCAACAGCAUCCACGCCAGUUAUGAUAACAGUCAAGACAACAUGUGCACUGUGGUGUAUUUUGACGACUGUGUGUCGAUCCGUCAGUGCAAGCAGUACUGCGAGUCGAUGGGGGGCUCGAAAUACCGCUGGUUUCACAACGCAUGCUGCGAGUGCAUCGGGCCCGAGUGUGUCGACUACGGCAGCAAAGCAGUAAAGUGUAUGAACUGCCUCUUCUGAACCUGGGCUGUUCACAUGCCUUUGAGAGGACUGUGGGUGGUGACACUCAUACCACUGGAGGGCGCCAUGACUGGACCACAGGCUCAGGAGAUGCUGACCUGAGAAAAAAAACGAUGAUACAAUCAUGUAAAUUACAAGCCCUUGUUUUUUUUGCUCUUUGUGUUAAACUUUUACACUUCUUUUCAUAGGUCCCUAGCAAAGAUUAUAUAUAUGGUAUUUGUCUUUUUUUAUACUUUCCUUGAAUGUAGAUUCUUGCAUAGCCAGUUGCUCUUCAAGUGGUACUACCUGCUAUGCCAAAUAAACGCUUUUAAAAUGUAAGGAGAGGGCUGCCAUACAAAAUACUGUUACAGACUGAAGUAGUGAACUGUUGACUGUCAAUAAGGAUACCAUAUGACCCCUUAACUAGAGUUUUACAAGGCAUUUCAACUAACAAGUAGCUGUGAUCUUGCAUGUCAUAACUUUUAACAGUCCAUUGUUUUCGCCAGUUCUCUUCCUAUGUAAUUUGAUGGAAUUUUUUAGUCAUAAAAAUUCCUCUCCAUGCAGGCCCAGAGGUUAUGUUUAUGACACUUCUCAGGGUGUGGAUGUGGAGCUGAUGCUUUUUUCCACUCUUACCCUGAGGCAUUUCAUGCAUAUGGACCAAGGUGCUGCUCUAAGAACCUUGCACCUUCAUUUUCUCUGUCUUUCAAUAAUGCUUAUUAAAAGACAAGAAACA